ACAACAAAAAUAGUUUGCCGUUGAAGAAAAAAAUGCACAAAGGAUAACAACAGCUUUAGUUUAUUUUCAUUUGGUUAAUCGAUUUUUUAUUUGUUUAAGUAAACAAAAUGCACGAUUUGGAAACGAACAAAGAUAGUGUUAAUUAUCUUAUUAACAAAUUGUGUUUAUGUAUUUUACAACAAAAUGAUACUCUAAAUCCAGAUCAAAUACAUGCAGCUGUGCCGAAAUUAAAGGCGUUGUCCUAUCAAAUAUUACUGAAAAAAUCACCAAGGCCACUUAAUAAGAACAGAUUGGAGGAAAAUGUAGAUUUCGAACCACAACGUGCUUUGGAUAUACAAAUAUUUGCUGCAAAAUUAAAUUCUCGCGCCAAUCCGGAAGUUUGUUCGAAAUUUGUUGCAUUUGAAGAGCAAUUGGAGGCCAUAAAAAAUGAAAGAUAUUUUAGUGAAGGUGCUGGUAAGGGCAUAUUACAAUUGUUGUUGGCAUUACAAGGCAAUGUGCAUGAGGAAUAUGAAGUGCCGAAUAUGUGUGCUCCUGAGCUACUGGUACCUGGGCCAUUCACCCUGCAUGCAAACUACAAAGAUAAUAGACAUUAUCCCACGUUCAACGAUUACGACAUUAUGAAUCCAACACCUAAAUAUUUCAAGAGCACAACACCUUUAAAAACUACUGAUAACCCAUACUUACCAAAAUUUUUAUUUGAAGGUGAAACUAAUCAAUUAAUGGCCAUAGAAAAUAAAUUUGCAUCAAAACCAAUUGAAAGGGAUUUUGAGGAAGACUGCACUUUUACCGGCAUGACCAAGCGUUUACUAGGCGCCUCUAUGCGUAUAAAUAUCAAUGCUUUAAGAUUAUUUCCAGAAACCUUUAAACAGCCAAUAAAGUCCUUUAAAUUGGCAUCAUUAAGCCCACGUAAAUCUGUGGUAGCAACAACUGCUGCCACUAAAAAAGAAGACAAUUAUAUUAAUGAGGCAAAAAAAGUUUUCUCUUGGAAUUGGGAAGGUUUGGGUUGUUUUGGUAUAACAUGCUCUAAGCCGUUUGCUGGCGAGGCCAGCAUUUCAUUACUCAUGCAAAGUCAUAUAAAUCAAGCGAAAAGAAAACCAUUUGAAGCAAAAAUUUUAAAGUUGCAGGAUUUUUUAAGCGAUUUAAAGACUUUAACAGUUGGCAUACAAUCGGAUACAUUUUAUCAUGACGAGUUUAUAGUGUUUGCUAUGAAACCGAAUGUGACUAUAGAAGGAGUUUUGCCUGGUACUAUAGAAUAUUUUGUAGAAGAUUUCUUAGAAUGUGGCACCUGUUAUAAACGCAUGCAAACCAUGAUUAUGAAAAGAGACUACAAACUAAUGUUUGAGGGUUUUAUGUUUAAAGCCUUAUGUAGUGCUAUUGAUGAAUAUUUAUUAACAUUUCGUCAAUUUGUUUUUGCCAAAAAUGAUACACAUUUAAUGAGUUUUUAUAAACGCAUGAAGAAAAUGAUGAAACAAAUUACCAAUCUAUCAUUUACAUUGGCUAUACAUCCUAAUGUUGAUGCCAAUGUUAAGCCACCAAUGGGUUCUCAAUUUUUGGGCUAUUUAUAUCGUGAAAUUAUGCGUUUGACAGAAAAGGAUUACAUAACAUUAUUAGUAUUUAUUUUAAAAAGAUGCUGUCAUGUGUAUUUCAAACACUUACAAAAAUGGAUUUUUUAUGGCCUACUAGAUGAUCCUUGCAAUGAACUAUUUGUGGGUUUUGUAGAUCAUUAUAGAGAAAAUACUAAAUACUUUUACGAUAAAGCCUAUUUUGUGCGCAAGGAAUCUGUGCCGGGAUUUUUUCAAAACUUUGAGGAACAAAUAUUACAAUGUGGCAAAUAUACCAUGUUAUUAAAAGCCUACAAACCCAAUCAUGCUCUGUUUGAUUUAAAUUAUCCCUCGGUAUCCGUGUGUCUUUCGUUUGAGGAUAUUGAAAAACUUGAUUCCGCUUGCUUGCAUUAUUAUGAAAAUGCCAAGAAGGUGUGUGCUAAACCCAUAACUAUACGAGAAGUCUUUGAGACAAGAUCCGAAGAAAAACGACAAUUUUUCCAACGCAUGGUGGAGAGAUCACGAGCCAAUCUAGAACGUUGGACAGAUGAACAACAUGAGCUGGCACUCAUAGCGUCUGAACAAAAGAGAAAGCGCCUAGAAGAUCUUUCUUUGCAACUUAAAGACGUCAAAGAGCGUAAGAUUAGAGAACGCAAAGCAAAUGUUGAAUUGGAAUUGAAAUAUCUUAGAGAGGCGGAAAAAAUUGAAGAAGAACGUAUGAUAAAGGAUAAUAUAAAUUUGAGAAAACGUAUAGAAUACUAUCAGGAAUUAAGUGAUAUCAUAAAUGAAAAUGAAAAAGCCAAAAAUAAAGAUAAAAUAAAGAAACUUUCUCUAAACAUACCACCCACAUCUGCCUCAUCCACAUCGAUGCAAACAGCUCAACUGCAAACACCAGCUAGUACAGCGGGUACUGAUUUUGAGUCAUGUUUUGGUGAUGAUGAUGAGCCGGGCUCUGAAUAUGAAGAAUGUAUAUCGGAUGAUUUUGUGGAAAAAUUUGCCGAAAACGAAAAGGAUCUAAGAGCAAUUUAUGAAGCGAAUGAGGAAGAUGAAGACAAAGAUAAAGAACAACUUGCUAGUGAAAAUUCCACCGAAACAUUGAAAAAUGUUGUGCUAGAAGAAAACGCCAACAAUGUUUUAAAAUCCUGCCUUAAGCGCAGUGAUUCAGAUUUUCUCAAUUCCAAUGAAGCUUUUAGUAUCAAUACACUACAAGAAAAUCGUAGAAAAGCAAUGUCGGGCACAAAUAUGGAUCAAUGCGUUAAAACCAUGGAGGUAGAUGUUGGAAACUACAAACCUAUUGUAAAUGUUAAAGAGUUAGCAAAAUGUGAUCUAGAAACGCAGGAACAACUUCCUAGUGAAAAUUUCAAAUUCCAAGAAAACGCCAACAAUGUUUUAAAAUCCUGCCUUAAGCGCAGUAAUUCAGAUUUUCUCAACUCUAAUGAUGCUUUUAGUAUCAAUACACUACAAGAAAAUCGUAGAAAAGCCAUGUCGGGCACAAAUAUGGAUCAAUGCGUUAAAACCAUGGAAGUAGAUAUUGGAAACUGCAAACCUAUUGUAAAUGUUAAAUAUUUAGCAAAAGCCGAUUUAGAAACGCAGGCUAAUUAUGAAAAUCUGUUAAGUGAAUCCAAACGUAAUAGAAUGCGGGUCUUAAAUGAAGAAUUAAAUUUUCAAAAUAUUCAUACAAAAUCCAUGCCCGAUAUAAAUCUAAACACUUUGCCAGAAUCGGAAUUAACCGACCUACAGCGCAAUCGCAGACGUAUGAUGCAAAAUGAUUUAUUUUGUGAAUAUAAUAAAGAUCCAAUGGCAGCAAGAUCUACGCUGUAUCUUAAUUUAGAUACCGAUCGUGCACGCAACCGCCGAAAAGUACUCGAAAGUGAAUUUAAUAUAUUGACAGGUAAAAUGGAAAUGAAACCAGUACAGACGGCAACUGGCAUAAACCUUGAUACACCUAUGACUCCUAUGUCUACUACUUCGGACAAUACGCCUCUUACAGAGACUGCUAACGAGGGACAGGCAGAUAAAGAUAAUGGCAAUGAUGUUGGCAAUAAAACAAAAGAGAAUAAAGAAACCCUAAACGAGUUAAAGCUAAAUGUUUCUUUGGCCAGAAAAUUACCCAAAGACUUGACUAUUUCCACAGCCGCUACCACGUUCGUUGAGUCUACGCCAGAUUGUGGCCUUAAUACAGCUGGGAUAAUGGCCAAAAAGGGCUUUCCCUUUCCCAAUGAGGAAAAACGGAAAAAACAGCAACAAGAUGCCUCCACUGAAGCACCCGUUCAUAAUGAAUGUCUGCAACAGGAAGAUGCUUGUCCCCAACCUGAUUAUCAAAAUCCCUAUAAACGUUGUUGUGAACUGCUCUCAACGAAUUUCACCUGUAACACCCGCAGUCCCUAUGUACGUCUCAAUGAUCCCACUAAAAAGGCCCCGGGCCUAGAAAAUGCCAAAAAACUUGAUCUUAACAUUAUGAGUGUGAUUACACUAACAGAAUUUCUGCAAAAAUCGGUUAUCAUACCCAUGAGUACCCAUUUGGAAUUGGUUAACAAUGAGGUGAUGCGUAUGUUUUUACAAGAUUUAAAAAUUAUCGAUCAUUUUCGUAGUCUGCGUAAUUACUACUUUAUGAUGGACGGUGAAUUUGGUUCGAUAAUAUGCGAUGGUAUUAUUGGAAAAUUGGAGGACGGCGCUACACCGGAGAAAUUGUUAAACUAUCAAAUUUUACAUUCGAUUUUAGAUACGGCUUUGGGAUCGAGCAUAACAGGUAAAGAUAAAAAUGCCGAAAAUCUUUCCUUCAUCGUCAACGAUGUACCCGAAAAAUUCGAACUCAACUCCCCCGACGUUCUUAACAAUCUCAGUCUUAGUUACCGCAUUAAUUGGCCCCUGAAUCUCGUACUUAAUCCCGAAACUCUCGAACAAUACGCCAACAUUUUCAAAUAUCUUAUACGUGUACGACGUAUAAGUUGGAUUUUGGAAAGGGCCUAUCAGAUACUAAAAGAAGCGGUUAAACAACAUGGCAGUGCCAUUCUGAAAUCGCCCCAAUACAGACAUGUACAAUUAAUACGUCAUAAGUUUUAUCAUUUUGUGCAUGCGCUGCAAAAUCACAUAACUGCAAAUGCCCUGCAGGCCUCAUGGAAGACCUUCAAAGAUGAGCUGAUGACGACAAAGACUAUAGAAGAUAUAUAUAGGAAGCAUGCCACCUAUAUAAAACGUAUAUUGUUUUUGUGCAUGCUGAAUAAGAGAAGUGCCGAAUUUUAUAAUACCAUAGAGAAUGUAUUUAAAAUAUCAUUACGUUUCUACAAUAAUUUAAAAUCACGAGAAUUUAAAUUAAAACCUGGCAAUGAACAUUUCAUACACUCUCGCUAUGAAAAGUUGGUAAAUGAUGAAUUAGAAUUUGAUAAAUUUAUUAAAUAUACCAUCUACCUGGGCAAUAAGAUUGUAAGACAUGGCUAUCAAGCGGAGAUUGGUGAAUUUAUUAGUUUGAUAAAUUACAAUCAAUACUAUAUGCAAAAUGCAUUUUAAAACAAGUAAAAGAAAAACUCAAUAAUUUAUUUAUAUUAACACUAUUAUGUUGUUUUUGUAUGAAAGAAAUUUUAGCUAGUUAUAAAUUGCUUUUUAGAAAAUGUAUUAAAAAAAUAUGGCCGGCCUUUGCUCGCAUAGUGUUAAAAGUUUAAUGAUCAUAUUGUGCUUUAAUGAUUUUUGUUUAAUAAAUAUUUUGUUUCUUUGAUUUCUUGUUAAAAA